GCAUGAACUGUCAAAGCCGCAGACGAUGCUGCUGAAGUUGAGCAGCUCUCUCUGCUAAUCAGUCCCCGAUUUCACCUCCCGGGAGAGAGGAAUCGGGUCUGCCCUUUGCGCUCGUGCCGCUGAUUAGACAGAGAGAAGCUGACACCGCAGAAGACAGUCGCCUGGUCAAGAAACAUGUGGGACCUGAUAGGGAAAGCGGCCGUGGCCCUGGUGGCGGCGCGCCUCGGCUGGUCCGUCCUCAAGGGGCUCUAUGGGUCCUUCCUGGCGGCGGCGUUGGGACUCAACCUGAAGGUCAAGAAGACGGGCGAGUGGGCAGUUGUAACUGGAGCAACUGAUGGCAUUGGUAAAGCUUAUGCAUUUGAGCUGGCAAGGCAAGGAAUGAAAGUUGUGUUAGUCAGCAGGACAGCUUUCAAACUACAGAAUGUUGCUGCAGAAAUUAACAGUAAAUAUGGAACUGAGACAAAGAUCAUAGAUGUGGACUUCACCAAAAGUGACAUCUAUGACCGCCUGAGGAAGGAAUUGGCCGACAUGGACAUUGGGGUUCUUGUCAACAAUGUGGGAAUGAGCUAUGAUCAUCCAGAAUACUUCAAUAACCUUGAGAAUGGAGACGAGAUGUGUCACCGACUCAUCAACUGCAACAUCAUGUCUGUGACAAUGAUGAGCCGUGUUGUCUUGCCUGGAAUGGAAGAGAGAAAGCGAGGUCUGAUCAUCAAUGUUGCAUCACUCUCUGCCACUAUUCCUGCCCCUCUGCUGGCUGUUUAUGCUGCCACAAAGGCCUUUGUUGAAAGCAUCAGUGACAGCCUGGCAGCAGAGUAUAGCAGGAAGGGCAUUACCAUCCAGUGCAUCCUGCCAGGCUUUGUUGUGUCCAAGUUGUCCAAGCUGAAGCGGCCUUCACUCAUGAUCCCAACCCCAACAGCAUACGUCCGCUCCACAAUGAAGACCACUGGUGUUGAAAAGAGAACAGCUGGGUACUUCAUGCACAAGCUUCAGAUUUACUUCGCCGAGUGUGCCAAGUUCCUCCUUCCCGGGUCAGUCCUCACAAGCAUUGUCUUUGGCCAGUUGCAAGUGUUCCGUAUUAAAGCUCUGAAGAAGAAGGAACAAGAGGCCAAGGCACAAUAAGCAAGUCAGAUGACUUAGCAAUACACAAAAAGUGAGGUGGUCAACAUUGUAAAAAGGGCCAUAGAUAUUGUUUUUUGUAAAGAUAUACAUGUAUAAAUUUGGUAUGCUUUCCAACUUUAUGUAUCAAAGAUGUGGUGCAGUGUAUUUGUUGUCCAUAAAAUGCUGGUUAGUUGACGGUGUAAAGUUAUUUCACAGUAUCAUAAUUUCAGGUUCCUUAAUGAAUCCAUAUUUGUAGAUCCAUGACAUUAGUACACAUGUUCCUUUAGUUUAUAUUGAUGUUUCUCAGAAUAGGUGGAAAGAGUAUUUUUACUUGGUGUUGCAAUUGUUUUUUAUGUUUAUAUAUGGUAUUACUUUUUAAAAAAUGUAUUUAUUAAUCUUUUGGUCAGGAUUGUACAUAAACCCAGUUGCCAUAAUCAGUCACUAUUUGCAAGCCAACUUGUCUAUCGUUGUAAAGAUUGUUUUGAAGGGAAAUCUGUGUAAUUAAGAACUACAAGUAUUUAUUAUGAUCAAAAGCACAUAGUGAUUGUGAAAAAUGUUAUUUAACAUGAGUGAAUAUGAAGAAAAAGGCUGAAUACAUGAAUUGCUUUGUUCUAAGGUAGCAAAUGACUAUUAUGACCAUUUUGAUGCAAGAAGGUGAAUUAAAAGAAAUAUGUUAAGGACAAUGUCUUCAACUCUGAUUCUCAAUUUUUUAAAGAUAAAUUUUAAGAUUCCUAUUUGAUGCAUUUCAUUUUGGUCAACCAUAUUGUUUUCAUGUGUGUUAAGUUAUUUUGAUAGUACCUUCCACAUGUGUUUGCUUGACUUAAAAGUGCAUUAAGCACAAAAUGUAAAGCAAUAAGGUUGAAGUGGAUACUUAGGUCACAGCACGAGUUGAGUCUAUUGCUUCCCUGAUUUGAUUUUUUAUACCAUUCUUGGAAAAUGUGCAUUUUAGUAAACAUCUUGUAUAAAAUGUUCCUAUCAGUUGUAGAGACUGUAAAAUAUUGCGUAGGAAUUUUGUUUGUGCACUAAUAUUGCAGUAAUUUACUUCCAAAUUUAUAGCAUGUACCAAUGAAAUAGUUGGCCUAACUUCCAUGGCCAGCUGAAUAAAGUGUCUGAUGAUA